UCUAAGGUCUGUUUGUUAUUUCGAAAUCGGGACAAUAUUUUUGCGUUUAAGUUGUUAUACGUUUUAUACAAAAUUAAAGAAAAAGGCUAUGCAAACAUUGCAUGUGGAUACAAGCGCCUCGUCUUCAGAGACAAGUGAAACACAGAGUUUUGAGGAUUACUGCAAAUCGAAAUUUAUUUAGUAAAAUAAAAUCGUGGAGGCGCAUAAAAGGAUCAAGUAUGAACAAAAAGGUAGAAAUGCCCCGGCCACCAUGGCGAGCGGUAAGCUUUUCAACUUUACCAAAACCGGACAAAAACGCCCUGCUGCGCGCGAAGCUCUUGGAUGCCUCAAGGCGAUUGCGAACAACUAAAGUUUCAGUUGGAGUGCAAACGGAUAUCCUACCCUCUAAGUUGUUGAAAGAGGUGAACUUGGGAGCCCAGGCAGAUCUUGUCCUGUUAAAAGAAGUAUCAAUUUUAACUGAUGGAUCGUAUGUUAAACGACGAGAUUGUUCCACGGAAUACAUAUUGACAUACUCUGUUUCACAGAUGACUGAUUUGGUAAAAACAUCUGCAGCUGCAACACAAACUUUGCUUCCUCGCCUACCUGGUGACGCAUUUCUGGAGUGCUGUGUUGGACGGAUUCCUACUGACUACUACCUUCUUCAAUUUUGUGCUUGGACGGAACAACAAAUGUUGCGCACCUUGACGCCUAUUAGAAGUUCUAAAAUAUAUUCCGCUGAUAAAACUUCUUCAUCUAAAGAUAAGUUUGGAAAUAAAUCGUACCUUACAACAAAUUUAAAGAAAGAUUCCCACAGUGCUCACAUUAAGUUCAGAACACACUUCACAAAUUUGUCAAUCCCCCCUGGGUUUUCAUGGGAUUUUAAUUAUAAUCCACAAUUCAAGGAUUACUUGCAACAAAUAUCAUCAACGACAAAGUUGCAGUACCCAGGUUACAAUAACAAUACAUUUACAAAUAAAUUAAUUGAAGAAUCCGUUCAACUAGCAAAUUUAAUAGAAUUCAUUGGAGAGUACCGCAAUAUUAUAUUUUCAAAACAAAGAACAUUUGCUUCAUUAAAACUACAGGCCCCUGCUGAUUAUUGGUUACCAAUAACAUGUAAAGAAGAAGACUUUUUAGCUAAUUUGAAGCAUUUCAAAUCUGUAAAAUCCUUGAACGCUUCAGAUUACUAAAUUGAAAAUGAGAAACUCUUCAAAAGAUAAACAACGAUGAAAAAUACCGGGUUAUUAGGGUACCAACAAUGUAAAAUGUCGAAAAUGUACUUUGGUACAACAAGAAAGUAGACUAAAAAACGCGAAUGUCUGCUCACUAAUCAGAUAUCAAACAGGAAACGAAAAUGUGAUAAAAAAACAUAUAUUGCUGAGUACCGCAGUAGAAAUAACCACAUACCAAACUUUGAAAACAUUAAAAUACUCCAAACACAGAAUCACUAUAAUUAGAAAUUGACAUAGGAAAUGUUACAUAUUAAUAACUUAUCAACAAUAAAGUAAAUAAGUUAUAAGAGCGACACAUAUGAUGCAGGCGUUGAUAGUGAAGGGCUAUAGUGCGUUAUGUAAAACUUGACUUUUUGUAGAUAUUUUACAUGUAAGCUCAAUUGUUUUUUUGGGUUUUUUUUUUCUGUUCUCUUUUAUUGUUCGCUGUGGUGACAUCAAUUAUAAAAAUAAACACUUAAUUUACUAUAUUCCUGAAGAGGCUAUGUAAUCCAUUGUAAAUAUCAGAAAUUAAUAAAGGAACCCCAGACCUUAAGCGCAAAGAAAAUCUUAUUUAUUUAAAUUGGAUUGGUCAAGGACGAAUAAAAAUACAAACUUGAAUAAUAUUUUCUACA